UAUUACAUUAUUAUUCAUUAAUAAUUUAUUUUUUUCCUUUUCACUGUAUUAAAAUUGUACGCUGUUCUAAUUUCAAAUUUCCCGGAGUUGAUAGAAGAGGACAGCCUAUUCCUUGUUUAAUAGGUUAGUUGAAGUAAUUCCCGUUAAUCAGCGCCAAAAAGUGUGUGAAGGAGUGAUGCGACGUACGUCGUGGGAGUGUGUUGCUGUGAAACUGCUUUAGAAAUCGAAACGUACGUGGAGAUUGAAGCACGUUGCGCAUUGAAAAUCAUUUUCUUCGAAGUGAUGGUCGCGUGCAGUUGUCCGCCAUUGUUAUUUAUACGGUGAGCUGACAUAUUACUCCGCCAUAUUGUGGAACCAUAUUUUAUAAACAAAUAAAUCAGAAAUGGCGGAUCACCAAAACAUAAUGUGCGAAGUCGAAAUUCAACCGGACAUCCAAGAGUGCGUGGAAAUAGAGACGAUUCCUGUAGAUAUGCCCGAAACCGUGGAAACUAUCGUCGAAUGUGGUGAACCUAUGAUACCUAUGCAAUCGUUGGAAGGUCGGGACAUUAUCCUGGAGCCCCAGGAAGAGGUUAUCGACGAUUCCGGUGAUCCUUUAAACCUAUACGACGUACCUGUGCCAGACGCGAGUGAAAUUUACGUAGAAUCUUCCCCGGGACCGUCUAUAAAACGUAAAAAGACUGCUAAUCGUAACCGUGGUGUUUUAAUCAAACAAGAAGCUAUGCUUGGCGGUGAUAUGACUAUAGAAACCAAACCUAGGAAAUGGGAACAGAAGCAAGUGCAAAUUAAAACCAUGGAGGGUGAAUUCUCGGUCACGAUGUGGGCGUCUGGAGCCAGUGAUGACGAGGGUUCGAAUCCUGAGCCAGACCCUGAUUAUACCGAAUAUAUGACUGGUAAAAAAAUCCCUGCAGACGGAAUUCCAGGCCUGGAUCUGUCCGAUCCGAAACAACUUGCAGAAUUCGCACGUCCUGGAUUGAAGAGUCCGCGGGUGCGACGUCCCAAUCAGGACAAUGUGGACAGGACUAUCGCAUGCCCGCACAAAGGAUGCACCAAAAUGUUCCGCGACAAUUCGGCGAUGAGAAAACACCUUCAUACGCAUGGCCCCCGCGUACAUGUAUGCGCUGAAUGCGGAAAAGCCUUUGUAGAAUCGAGCAAACUUAAAAGACACCAACUCGUACACACCGGGGAAAAACCGUUCCAGUGUACUUUCGAGGGAUGUGGGAAGCGAUUUAGUCUUGAUUUUAAUUUAAGGACCCAUGUACGUAUUCACACGGGAGACCGACCUUACGUGUGCCCCUUUGAUGGUUGCAACAAGAAGUUUGCACAGUCCACAAAUUUGAAAAGCCAUAUUCUAACUCAUGCCAAAGCGAAGUCUCGAAAUGCGCUGGCUCGAGCAAAUGCUAAUACAAUGCAGAUGUUACAACCUCAGUUCGUACAAGUCGAGGUUGCAGACGUUGAGCAGCCUUACAUUGUAUACACUGAUUAACAGGAGGAAGAGUUCGAUUGAACCAGUGAUAACGAAAACAAAGAGGACUUUCUUACAAUUAAGGUAGUUUAGAACAACCUGAGCCAUACCAAAAAAGUCGAAGACAUCAGGAGAGUGUUAGAGCUAGUUAUUUCAAUAAUUUGUAAUAGUUGUAUUUCUCAAAAUUCUUCUCAGUUGUGUACUCUUUGUUUUAACCAUUUUAAUUUAUAUAAGUGGCGAUAGAAUUAAUUAAUUGUUAAGUAGUUUUGCGGAAAAAAGUUAUUUAUUGCAAUCGAAGAAUGUUUUGAUUCCUUGCCUUAUCCUUGGCGUCAAAUUUAUCAGGAAUUCAUUGUGUAUAGAAAAGGAAACGUUUAAAAAUUAAUAUUUUUGUAAUAUUAAAUCGAAAUUAUAUUUAAAUAGUUUUGUUGUGUAUGAAAUACGAGAUUGUCUGCGUGAAGACUUGCAUUUUUUCUUCUUAGUACUUCAGUUAAUGUGAUGUAAAUUGAGUAAUUUUACGAUAAGUAAAGUUUAGUCUUUAUCAUUUAAUUGCAACCAAUAUUUGGUUAAUUAUUGUAAACUGACCUUAAGCA